CACCUUCCCUCACAACUCGACUUCUUUCUCUGCCUUUCAAAAUCCCUUUUUUUUUCUUUUGGGUUGUUGCAAGAGGCUUGGUUGAACCAGAUCUUUGGUUAGCUUUACAUCAUCAGCCGAGGAAUUCCCCAGAGAACCGAAAAAGAAGACAAAAGAAAUUCUGGGUUUUGUUGUGUGAGCUCAGAACUGCGAAGUUGAUCCAAGUUGGGGAAGACAUUUCGAGAAAGCUUUGAUCUUGAGGGGGGUUGAGUCGUAGGACAAAGCAAUAAGAUGGGAAGCGGUGGUGGUAGUUAUGAGAAGGAUCUGAACUUGGAGGCAACUGAGCUCAGGUUGGGCUUGCCGGGCACGACUUCGUCAACGGCAGCAACAGAUCAAGAGCCGGAGGCAAGGCAGGCGAGGAACAACAAGAGGUCGUUGGUCGACAGGUGCGAGGAGGAGGCCUCAGAGGAUGCUUCUCGGGCUCUUCAAAAGGACCAUGACUCUGCUCCUUCUUCAAAAGCACAAAUAGUUGGGUGGCCACCAAUCAGAUCUUACAGGAAGAACAGCCUUCAGACGAAGAAGGCAGAGACUGAAACAUCAUCAUCUGGGAUUUAUGUGAAGGUGAGCAUGGAUGGAGCACCAUACCUCAGGAAGAUUGACCUCAAUGUCUACAAGGGUUACUCAAAUCUCCUCAAGGCCUUGGAGAACAUGUUCAAGUUCACCAUUGGGGAAUAUUCAGAGAGAGAAGGCUACAAGGGGUCAGAAUUUGCACCCACUUAUGAAGACAAGGAUGGUGACUGGAUGCUUAUGGGAGAUGUUCCGUGGGAGAUGUUCAUGACAUCUUGCAAGAAGCUGAGAAUCAUGAGAGGAUCUGAAGCUAGAGGACUGGGAUGUGCUGUAUGAGGGUUAAAGCCCAUAAAAGUCCCCUAAAAAAGAAAAAAAAAAUGAAGGAAGAAGAUAGCCAGAGGGAGAGAUUUUCAGCUUGGGUUGUUCAUGAAGGAUUUUGUGAUCUUUAGACAUAGGUAAUCUCCCUGUGGCUGGUCUUCUCCAAGGUUGGAGUGAUGGGUCUUCAAGAGAUAUAUGAUUUAAACCA